CAGUAGUGUAUAUGCUUCCAAAAAGUACAUAAAAUGCAACUGCUUCCUUUGCUGCUAGAAAACUUGUGGAGGGCAGUCAUUGUUAUGGGCAUCCCUCGUUUUUGUUAAGUUUCAUCAAUCACUCAAUUUUAAGCCAACUUGUGCAUUCUUUCUGCCCAUCAAGACUACUAUCUCUCUCUCUCUCUCUUUCUCUCUCUCUCCCCACCAUUCUUGGCAAUGGUUUUGGUAGAUGAGCAUGGUGAAAAAGAUGGUGGGAUUAUGGUGGAUUUUCGUGGAAAGCCGGUCGACAAGUCAAGAACCGGCGGAUGGCUGGCGGCGGGGCUUAUCUUAGGAACGGAGCUGUCGGAGAGGAUCUGCGUGAUGGGCAUAUCGAUGAAUAUGGUGACGUAUUUGGUGGGAGACUUGCAUCUUUCGUCUGCCAAAUCUGCAAACAUCGUCACAAACUUCAUGGGAACUCUUAACCUCCUAGGCCUUCUUGGCGGCUUCCUUGCUGAUGCUAAACUUGGCCGUUAUCUCACCGUUGCGAUUUCAGCCUCUAUAGCUGCUUUGGGAGUAACAUUGUUGACACUAGCCACGACCAUUCCUAGCAUGAGGCCACCUCCUUGCCAGAACUCAAGGAAGCAGCAGUGCAUGGAGGCCAGCGGCCGACAACUCGCCAUGCUCUACGCUGCUCUCUACACCAUAGCGGUAGGAGGAGGCGGCAUCAAGUCCAACGUCUCCGGCUUCGGGUCUGACCAAUUCGACACGUCCAAUCCUAAGGAGGAGAAGGCAAUGAUAUACUUCUUCAACAGAUUCUACUUCUGUAUCAGCCUGGGGUCGUUAUUCGCCGUCACGGUUUUGGUGUACAUACAAGACAAUGUGGGGAGAGGCUGGGGGUAUGGGAUAUCUGCCGGCACCAUGAUCAUUGCAGUGAUGAUACUGGUGUGCGGGACGAGGUUGUAUCGGUUCAGAAGGCCUCAGGGAAGUCCCUUGACUGUGAUAUGGAGAGUCUUGUAUUCGGCUUGGAACAAGAGAAGCCUUUCUUAUCCCCCUCUGCCAACAAUGUUGAAUGAGUACUACAGUGCGACGCUUCCUCAUACAGGAAAACUGAGGUGUCUAGACAAGGCAGCAAUCUUAGACGACAACGGCAUCGCCAACGGGACCAAAGACAACGCCGCGGUGGUCUCAACAGUCACUCAAGUUGAGGAAGUGAAGAUGGUCCUAAUGCUGCUCCCAAUAUGGUCCACCUGCAUACUGUUUUGGACAGUGUACUCUCAGAUGAACACAUUCACCAUAGAGCAAGCCACCUUCAUGAACCGCAAAGUCGGCAGCUUCGAAAUCCCAGCAGGCUCUUUCUCAUUCUUCCUCUUCAUCACCAUCCUCCUCUUCACGUCCCUCAACGAACGUAUCCUCGUGCCCGUUGCACGAAAGAUCACCCACACAGUCCAGGGCAUAACCAGCCUGCAACGAGUCGGUGUAGGGCUGGCGUUCUCCAUCAUCGGUAUGGUGGCUGCAGCCCUUGUGGAGAAGAGACGUAGAGAGCAUUUCGUCCAUGAAAAUGUCAAAAUCGCAGCGUUUUGGUUGGUGCCUCAGUUUUUCCUCGUUGGGGCGGGGGAAGCGUUUGCAUACGUGGGGCAGCUCGAGUUCUUUAUCCGUGAGGCACCCGAGAGGAUGAAGUCCAUGAGCACGGGGCUGUUUCUGUGCACGUUGUCGAUGGGGUACUUCGUCAGCAGUUUGCUCGUCUCAUUGGUCGAUAAGGCGACAAAUGGGAGGUGGCUGAUGAGCAAUUUGAACAAAGGGAAGUUGGAGAAUUUCUACUGGAUGCUUGCGGUUCUUGGAGUACUCAACUUCUUUGUGUUCCUUGGCUUCGCCACGAGGCAUCAGUACAAGGUGCAGAACUAUGUUGUUCCUGAGAAUGGUGGAGAGGAAGGGUUGAAGCAGCAGAAUCAGGACAUGAGUGAUGAUGCAGACAAGGUAAAAGUUGCCAUUGCAACAGAAGAACCUUAGUCUCCAAACUCAUAUAAUCAGUCAUACUCAACACAAAAAGGAUUGUUAUGUUGGUUUUCUAUUCAUUGCUUUUUAAAAGAAAACACAUAUACAGAGUAUCACUUCAACAGCAUAUAUAUUGUUUAUUCUGAUAUGUAUACACUAUGAAGAAGCCAUUGUUGAUAAAAUGUUUCAAGUUUAUUAGUUUACAGAUUUUUCUGGUCAACGUGUGUACUUGAAAAACUCUUGGCUAGUUCAAGUGUAGAAACAUUAAAUGGCUUCAAUUGUAUUACAUUAACAUGUCAUAAAUCUCAA